AUGAUAGCCCGACUUCUGAAUGAAACCGGUCGACAGGUGUCGUGUGGAAAGUUGGAACUUACGUAUUCUGAAUUAAUUUAUCGUUUUUCGCAACGGAAUUUGGCUAAAACUGAACGAUGGCCCCUGGCGGGAUUACGCGGCUAUGGCUUUUACGACCAUCUGUUUUCCUUUGAGGCGGGUCGGCGUUGCUCUCUGCCCGGCAUCUUUAUCUUCAAGUGUAAGCAAGCACGGUUACUUCACUCUUUGCUGAGUAAGCACGUAAAUAGCCUUGCGCAGAUGGGUCCCGACUGUCGUGCUCCCUGGACGUACAGGUCACAUUCGGACCAAGGGAAAAUGAAGUUCGGCGUUCUUCCAUCAGGUUCUCCUGCCUCUGCGCCUCCUCUUCCAGAAACUUCGGUGAAUUCAGAUGAAAUUCGGGUGUGCUACCCCUCGUCACUGUCCCCUGAAAAUGACGUUGACAGAAAUCAUCAGCAACCAUACCGACGACAUGCGCUUACGCCACCACCACCCCACCACCAUUGUAACCCCCAGUGUCGGUGGCGUCUGAGUGAUGACUACAUCUACCUCAGUCGGACCCUAACCCCUUCUCCGCCACUCACCAACCUCCCGUCUCCACAACCAUCUGCCCCUUCUUCAACAGGUGGGGUCUACCUAGUUGCCAUCCCUGGCCUAAGCAGCGCCCACUCUUACGAAAACCAACGAUCACUUAUUACAGCGUCUUCAUGUUCAUAA